CGGCGCCGCCACAGCCCCGGCCCAGCGCCGCCACAGCCCCGGCCCAGCGCGGCACCUUCGCGGCCAUGGAGAACUUGGACAGCUCCUCCACGGCCUCGGUGCUGGCCGAGCUCGGCUGGAACAGCGCCUACGCCGUGCCCGUGGCCAACGCCGAGAACAAGGCGCUGGAGAACGAAUUGCAUAAGAUGCAAAAGGAAAAAGCGAACCUGAGAAAUGAGCUGACCAACUUCCAGGAGCGCAUAGAAGCAAUGACGGCUCAUUUGAAAAACGUGAAACAAGACUUAAGCUUCUCUCAGUAUCUUUACAGAGCCAGAGAGAAUGAAAUUGAAACUGAACAACACUUUAAAGCCCUUGCUGAGAGAGAAUGUGGACGUCUCAAAAGUGACCUUAAACGACUGCAAAAUGAGUUGAUCUCCUUAGGAGAAAAGAAAAACAGACAAGAAAAUACUAUAAGUAAAACAAUUCAGAAGUUGGAAGACUUAAAACAACAGAUGAACUGUGAUGAGGAAGUCCUGGAGAGCUGGCUAAAGGAAUUAAAUCGUACAGAUAAUGAUGCUCUUGCAAUCCAGAAGUAUGCACAGCAAGAUGAAGGGAAACUAGGAGCAUUAACCUUUCAAGUAGAAAAGUUGACCAUACAGGCAAAUCAGAAGCGCAGAGCUCUUGAUAAUGAGCUUACAGAGACCUUAACAGCUCAGAUGGAGCUUGACAGGGCAGCUGAAGAUUGUCGCCGAGUUCAUCAAGAAAGGCAAGAAGUCAUCAGGCAGUGGGAGAAUGCAAUACAACAGAUGCAAAAAAGAGAUCAACAGAUUGAUCAUUGUGCUUUGCUAAUUGCAGAGAUAAAACAGGAGAUCAGAAAGAAAGAAAUUGUGCUGAAAGAGAAGACUGCCUUUUUGGUAAAUGAAACUCUUAAUAAUAUGGAAUAUGAAAAGAAAAUCUCUUCUGCUGAACGGAAAGCCAACAGCCUCCGAAUUGAGUAUCAAACUCAGGAAGCCAACAGGGUUCGUCUGCAGGAUGAGCUGGAAGCUUUGAAAUCCACUGUGGACAGAACUGCUUCUGAUCUAGAGUCUUUGAGAAUACAAGUAACCAAUCUGAAGAAGGAAAUUCAGAAGAAACAAGCCAGAUUAAACUUUAUUAUUGAAGGAAAUAUAAAUCUUUCCGAUAAACUGAAGCUUGUGACUGAGGAGACACUCAGUUCAGAAGAGAAAGCUUUGAGGAUGGAAGAAAUACUGAAAGCAGAAGAGAAAGCUGUUGAGGAAAAAGAAAAUGAAAUGAGACAGUUAAAGGAACUACUUUUCAAGAAGAAUCAAGAGUUAAAAGUGGAGAAGGAUAAGGAGAAAGUUGCUCUAUCAGAAAUUGAGGGAGCUCAAAAAUCACUUAGAAAUCUCCAGUGUCGACUGCACAGGCUUGAUGCAGAACUGUUUAAACAACAGGAAUUAAUAUAUAACCAGGAUUUUUUUAUUCAGCGAAUACAGAGACGACUGUCACGGUUAGAAGGGGAGGUUAAUUCAGAUGAAAAAGAAAUUCUGGAAGCAAAAGUUGCUGAACUUAAGAAAACCCUAGAAGAAAAGAAAAAUGCCUAUGAUGUUCUACAGGCUCAGUACAGGAAACUUCAGAAUGACGUCCAGUUCGUGAGGAGAACAAUUCACAAGACAGGAGAACAAACAAGUGCUUUGGUGGUGAAGAUAGAUGAACUAAAUCUUUACAAUGAGAGAUCAAUUCAGGAUUUAAAAAAAGCUAAGGCCCUUAAGCAGGACAUGAUGGUGGACAAUAAUCUCUUAAAACUAGAACUGAAGCGCCUUAAAGAUACUCUGUGUAAUAAGACAGAGAAAGUUCUAUCAAUGGAAAAACAAAGACUGGAGUUAAAUAAAGCCAUAGCAGAAAGAAGUGAGGAAAUUAAGAUCCAUAAGGCAAUGCUGGAUUCCCAGAUAAGACUCGUGGAGCAGGAACGGCAACGCAGAAGUGCUGAAUUUCAAGAAUGCCUAAGUAAAAUUGACAAACUGAGACGCAGAUAUGAAAUUUUUACUCUUGCCAUGAUGCCCCCUGAAGGAGAGGAGCAGAAAAGUCAAGCCUACUAUGUGAUUAAGGCUGCACAAGAAAAGCAAGCACUUCAACAAGAAGGUGAUGAUUUAGAAGCAAAGAUCUGCAAAGCUGAAAAAGAAAUCAUAGCUCUGGAAAACACUUUGUGUGUUCUUAAUAGCUGCAACAGCAACUUCCGAAACACUUUCAAGGAAGUCACUGAGACAAGUGAGGAACGUGAGGAAAGACUGAAACUAGAGGAGGAGAAAAGGGUUGCUGAUGAAACAUACAAAUGCAAAAGAAGACAGAUCAAGGAACUUCAGGAAAAUCUCCAGAGCAUGGAACAAUACCUUGAGGUAGCAGAGAAGCAGAAAGCCCUCUUCCAAGAGCAAAAGGAGGAAAAACAAGAUAUAAUUCUGCAGCUGAACAAGGAAAUUGAAGAACAGAAGCCAAAACUAGAAAGGGUUAUAAAACAGUGUUCCAGACUAUCCAGAGAAAUUCAGUCUCUGAGGCAAAAGGGACCAAAAACAGAGGAAGAGAGAGACAUUGAUCUUCGUGAAUUGAAAAGCUUCAACAGAACCGUCAACCAAGUGAUAGUUGAUAUUCUAGAAACAAAUCCUGGUUUAACUGCAACCUUUCAAAUGUACUUUAACCAGUCCAAUUUAGAGCUUCCUACUGCUUCUGCUGAUGGUAGUCAGAGUUCUCAAUCCACACGACAUACUACCAGAUCCUUCAGAAGAACAAGUUCAGUCUCUAGUCAGGCUUCAUCCCUCAAAGUUGUUGAGCUGACCUUGCCUCUCCCCACUCCUGAGGAAGCAGCAGCUGCUGGCUCACAGCCAGCCAGCAGAGGCAGCACCUCCAGUAUUUUUAAAGGCAAAAAGAAGUUCUAAGGUCAUCUAGUUGAGAUUCCUUAAUUUUUGCAACUGACCUAUACCCAUGGAGUUACCUGGAACACUUGCAGCAGAAGUACAAUUGUCAUUGUGUGCGCCGACAGGUAUUUGCUCCUUAGUGUGGUUCUGACACCCACCUUGACAGAUCUCACUGGGGACAGCGUUACCUCCUUCAGUAACACAACCACUGCCUUCAGGCUGCUUGUAAAGCAAAUCCCAACAACAAUGCUCAAAACCAAAGGUUCAUACUUAAACUUGCCUAGACAAUAAACACUGGUAUAAAACCUCU